AAAAGUCAGGACUACUCCUAUCCGAAUCCGAAAAUAAGGAAAAAAAAAAAGUUAACUUUUUUGGACACACCAAUUAAACCAACAUUAACCAACCCAGGCAGAGAUAGCUAGAGCUGGUUAACCCAUUGCUAGACCCCUACGUUUCAAUAAUUCCUAUUAUAUACUCCUGUCAAGAUCAAAGCCUCACACACCUAAACCAGAGGCCACCUUAAAAAUUGAAUCUUUCUGUGUAUCUCUGCCACAAAAUUCCAUGGGAGACUACAACAGAUCAGACGAAUAUGGGAAUGGGAAUAUGCAGAUGGAGAGCUAUUAUGGGCCACCGCCACCCAGACCGGCCACUUCUUAUGAACUCAGGUCCUACAGUGCCUCCUAUGCACAGACCCAGAUGGCCAACUACAACAACAAAAAUAGGGACUUGAAGCUCAAGAAAGGAAAGAGUGCUUCUGCAAACUCUUGGGCUUUUGGUGACCCUGAGUUUCAGAGGAAGAAGAGGGUUGCUAGCUAUAAGAUGUACUCUGUGGAAGGCAAAGUUAAGGGCUCCUUGAGGAGAAGCUUCAGGUGGCUUAAACAUAAGUACACCCAAGUGGUUUAUGGCUGGUGGUGAUUCUCUGCUCUUAUCUUCUUGUAUGUUAAUUGCUAAAAGUUCUGUUUGAAUUUUACAAUUUCAAAUUUUGUGUCAUUCUAUAACUGUGUUUAUGAAGUUUGUGGGUUUUGUGAUCAUAAAAUUCAUGAUUUGGGUUGAUCAAUAAACUGAGUGGUAAAUUGGUGGGUAAACUGUGUUACUUUGUUGGCUCCUGCAGGAUAUUAUUUCAGGCUUGGAAGUUAUUUUA